AUGGAGUCAAUUUUAUGGAACUUAGAAGACAAAUGGAAGCUCUCAACUCAAGAAUCAAUUGCAUUUUUCAUUUGCACUUGUUCCUUAAUCAUUGUAAUUUGCUUAGUUACUGCUUUUUUUAAAAGAAGGGCAGCCACUAGGAGAAAGGGGUUAGUGGGCCAAGACCCGUGUAGCACGGAUAUCGAUGUAGAAUGGUCUGAACCAAAGUUACUGAGUUCGAACACUUCGGUGAAGAAAGUGCUGACGAGUACGGUGAGGUGGAGUGGGCCAAGUAAGUGGGAGGAAAAUCGGAGCACGGAGAGAGUUUCUCCGUUACUUGAGGGCGAGUCUGGGCAGUGGCAUAGCCACAACUCGGACUCGCCCGUGUGGCAAAGGCCAAUAUUGAUGGGUGAAAAGUGUGAGCUACCGAGGUUUAGUGGGCUUAUUUUGUAUGAUGAGAGAGGAAUGCCGAUUCAUCAUGUUGACAAUGAUCAAUUCAACGUUAAUCAGGAAAAUGUGGAUGUUGUUGGGAGAACUACUCUGAAGGACUUGCUGCUGUGA